UUUGAAUUUUAUUGUUCUCCAUCAUUUCUCCCAAAGUUGAAGAAGAAAAGUCCGCACCUUUUUGAUUCAAUUUUUACUCCCUUGAGAAUUUUGUUGACUCAUUUUCUCCGCGAAGUCCAAGACAGCUUUCAACGCUCGAUUCACACUACUGUGUAUUGGAAAGGGUUGCGUUGUUUAUUUAUUUGUUUUUGUUCCUUUUUGGUGGGUUUUGGCGCAGUAAUGGGGGAGGAUAAUGGGGUUGGAACGGCGCAGCAAGGUGUUGAGGAAGAUGAGAUUAGUAUCCAUGCUCAUUAUGAUCAGAAGUAUGAAAGAGAAGAAGCCACCUUAAUGCAGCCGAGACGUCCAAACCUGUCAUCUCUGGAAAUACCCGUGCGGUCUCUGGAGAGUGCAUUGUCUGAUUUCACAAGGAUAGAUAUUCCGAGCCCCUCUUCUGCUAGAGCAGGAUUGCCCCCCAAACCAAAUUCCGCAAAAUUCAAAUCAUCGGUUAAAAACUUGCUUCCGCAGAAGAGCGUUAGGGGUAAAAACCUAUCUCAGGAAGGUGAAAAAACAGUUCUUAUUAUCCCAGAUACACCACUUUCAGACAAGCCCUCUACCUCAAGAUCAUUUUCUUUAAACAAAAUUUUGUUCUCCACAUCGACAAAGACGGCGCAGUCAUUACCUGCGACACCAAUGGGAAAUGCUUGUUCUAAGACCUUACAGGAAAAUCAUGUAGAUCGCCAAUCUAAAACACCAAAACCUGAGGUUAAACAACAUAUGACACGCUCAUUUUCAGUUCCAGUUAAUGUUAAAACCAGAAGUUUGAGGCGGACAGAUUCAUCUGGAGGUUUGAUACGAGUUAUAUCAGCAAACCAUCGCCUUACAACUGUGGAAAAUGCCUCCCAGGAAAUAUCUCCUGAAACAGAAUCUGAUGAUGCUGGCGAAGACAUUCCAGAAGAAGAAGCUGUUUGCAGAAUCUGUCUAGUUGAGCUCGGAGAAGGUGGUGAAACACUGAAGAUGGAGUGCAGCUGCAAAGGAGAGCUUGCACUUGCCCACAAGGAGUGUGCAGUGAAGUGGUUUAGCAUCAAAGGUAACAAGACCUGUGAUGUCUGUAAGCAGGAUGUCCAAAACCUUCCAGUUACAUUACUGAAAUUACAAAAUCCUCCUAAUGUAAUACGAAGACCAUCUGCUGCACCACAGCAAAGGGAAGUGGCUCGUUACAGGGUCUGGCAUGAUGUUCCUGUUCUUGUCAUGGUCAGCAUGCUUGCAUAUUUCUGCUUUCUGGAGCAGCUCCUGGUGUCUGACAUGGGACCUCGAGCACUUGCCAUCUCUUUGCCGUUUUCUUGUGUUUUAGGUCUCCUUUCAUCCAUGAUAGCAUCCACUAUGGUGAGCAAGAGCUACAUUUGGGCUUAUGCUUCUUUCCAGUUUGCGAUAGUGAUCCUAUUUGCUCACAUAUUUUACGCUGUGCUCAACGUAAAUGCUAUUCUGUCGGUGCUUCUUUCCUCAUUCACUGGGUUUGGAAUCGCAAUAAGCACAAAUUCACUUCUUGUUGAGUACCUAAGAUGGAGGGCGAGUCGUUAUCCACAGUCUUUACCACAGCAAAUAAGCAGUGGCAUAGAUCCGAGUCGACACGAGCAUAGGCAGCACCAACACCGGCAACGCCAUCAGUACCAUCACCAGCAUCGGCCCCAAAACAGCAAUCAUAAUCACCGAGGACUACAAACUCCACCAACACAGAAUACAUCUGCAGGGUCGGCCGAAAACACUGGGCAGCAGGAAAACAUGCAUCAGAAUGUGUGAAACUCAAUCAUUAACAAAUCAACCACCUGAAGGAGCUUUCUUGGUAAUACAUAAUUUACAUUCUUGCCCACCCCCGGUAACUAAUUUGUUAGCUCUACCCGUUAUGAAAGUGGAUUGGUUGAAUAGUGAUUAUCAACAAUGUCUUAUGUGAUUCUUUAAUCAGGAAGGAUAUAAAUGUAAUUUUGCUCUCUGGAUAUUAUGUAACUACUGUACUGUAUUCACAUAGCUGAACAAGUUUCAGAAAGUUGUAAUUUUUGCUCCCCUUUCUAAUUAUUUUAGUGAAAUAUAAAAAUUUAAGGCA